AUGGCCGCGGCUCUGCUCGCCUCCGUUUCGUGCCGGGCGCGCGCCCCGGCGACGGCGGCGUCGCGAUCGAUCCGGCGUCGCGUCGAUCGUAGGGGACGCGAGCGCGCGGGAACGACGGCGCGACGCGCGGCCGGGGACGACGACGACGACAUCGACGCGCGGAUCCCGGACGACAUCCCCGACGCGCUGAAAGACCUCGUCCUGAACGACGACGGCGACCUCGUGGACACGAAAACCGGUCAAGUCCUGAACGAUCUCGGCGCGACGCGGUUCGACGUCGCCGUGCGCGCGAUGCGCGGGGAGUACGACCCCCCGGGCGCGAGCACGGAGAAGGACGGCGGGCAAAUCUUCGACACGCUCACGCAGUUCCCGACGUCGUACACGUUUCAGUACUCAGGGAAGGCGUCGAGCUUGAGCGAGGAAGACAUCGACGACAUCGUCAAGAACAUCAUCGGCAAGACGUGCGAGUGCGAAGUCGGCGACGACGCCGUGGAGGUGAAGAACCGCGGGAGCAGCAGGAAGUUCGUCAGCGUGUGGGUGACGUGCGUCGUGCACUCCGCGGAGAUGGUGACCGAGGUGUUGACGAAGCUGGGGGAGGACGACAGGGUGAUGUUCAAGCUGUGA